AUGCCAUGGCAAGGGAUAGAGAGUUGCAGGAACAGCCAGUUCCUGAGUUUGGUGCAUCGAGAUUGCCGCAGGGAAGUGAUUGUGUGCGAGUUUGCAAAAGGUAGCUGCUCAGUUGCAACAGUGUGGCAUCCAGGUUUUGCUGCAGGAGACAAAUGGAAAGCGCUGUGGUGGGUAAUAAUGCAGCUCUUGGGCGGAAGCUUUAAGGGGAGUAGGUGCCCUCAACAGCCUAGAUACCACCCUCACGUUGCCAUAUUCACUGUGACCCUGGCGGGCUGGCAGUUGUGGUGGCCUGCUUAUGUCGCUUUGGCUGCCUGA